AUGGUUGCCUCCAAGUUCAUCGCCGCCGCCGCCGUUGCCGCCAUCUUCCAGUCCGUCGCCGCCGCUCCCAACGGAGACUACGGUAACAGCGACAAGACCGUGACUGUCUACAAGACCGUCAAGGGAUACGCCGAGCCCACCACCGUCUACAAGUACAAGACGGCCACCGAGUACAAGGUCAAGACCGACUACAAGUACAAGACUGCCACUGUCACCGCGUACAAGUACAAGACCGCCACCGUCACUGACUACAAGUACAAGACCGCCACCGAGUACAAGGUCAAGACCGAGUACGUGACCAAGCCCGUCUACAAGACUGCCACCGUCACCGACUACAAGUACAAGACCGCCUAUGUCACCAAGCCGGUGUACAAGACCGUCACCGACUACAAGUACAAGACCGCCUACGUCACCAAGCCCGUCUACAAGACCGUGACCGACUACAAGUACAAGACCGCCUACGUCACCAAGCCCGUCUACAAGACCGCCACCGUCACCGACUACAAGUACAAGACCGCGUACGUGACCAAGCCCGUCUACAAGACCGCCACCGUCACCGACUACAAGUACAAGACCGCGUACGUGACCAAGCCCGUCUACAAGACCGCCACCGUCACCGACUACAAGUACAAGACCGUCACCGCCACCGACUACAAGUACAAGACCGUCACCGCCACCGACUACAAGUACAAGACCGUCACUGCCACCGACUACAAGGUCAAGACCGAGUACGUCACCAAGCCCGUCUACAAGACUGCCACCGUCACCGUCACCUCCAAGGGUUACGCCGACGCCAAGACCGUCUACGUGACCAAGACCGCCGACUGCACCACCAAGAAGGCCGAGUACUACUAA